ACAGUUGGCGGGGUGAAUAACCUUGGAACCGGCUUUGAGUUAGAGCGCAUUUCAAUGUUGACGUUCGAACCAAUCAGUCGAAUAGCUGUUAAAAUAAAUAAAUUGUCAUUUUUUGACUCAUGAGGUAGUCAUGAGUUUAUUGUUCUAAUGAGUCCACGUAACUUUACUUCAUCUCAGAAAAAUUUUCCAAAAUACCCAUCCAUCAACGAAUAUUCCUUCGGUCGGUUUUAUAUGAUGAAAACACUUAUUAGGAGACCAUAUAAGUCCAAAAGAUUCAUAAAAGAGCUGAUUUCUAUACUUCUAGGAAUAGGUUAUGACCUUCGUUAUUGAUAAAGUCUGAAUUAUGUAGCACUUGUCCUCAGUGGGCGAACAUGUCUUUUUCAAUAUGAUUACAUGGCGAGACUAUAACUUUUUGACGAACCAACCAAAUGCUGUCUACCUACUUGAAUCAGCAGUCAUUUUUUGGAAAAGUAAAAACAUUAUCCAAUCAGUCCGAAAACUAACUAUGGUUGCGUCUUCUCAGUUGUUAAAAUACAACGAUGAGUCAAAUGUUUGGGACCACGUUUAGUUUUAUUCUUUAAAACAUUUGCUUUAUUCUAUGUUCUUUAUCCGAAAUAUGAGUCGACUGUGGGUUAUUGUGUUUUCAAAUGUGCACCUAUUUUAUCACUUGUUGCAUUUGUUUAUAUGUAUGGGGUUAAGAUACCAAACAAUCAAGCCUAUUCUUUAAAAAUUUUUCUUGGUCUUCUAUUCUCUUGUUUAGGCGAUGCAUUUUUGGUAUGGCCUAGUCUUCUUAUUCCUGGCAUGGCUAUGUUUGCCAUUACACAUAUAUUAUACAUUUACGCAUUUGGUUUUCAACGUUUAAAACUAUCUAUAUUGUUCAUUUUACUACCAAUACUUCUCUGUGUAUGUGUUUCUAUAAAAGAAGGACUAGACGGUAUCAAUACACUUGUUAUUCCAGCUUAUGGAUUAAUAUUAGUAAUUAUGGUAUGGCGUGCAUUAGCCCAAUUAACUAAACAUGAAUAUUCUAUACCAUGGACAUGUAUAGCUUCUGCCGUUGGUGGAUUACUAUUUGGUGUAUCUGAUACUAUAUUGGGAAUUUGUUUAUUCUCUAGUGAUAUAUCGUCAUUUAAAUGUAAUUUAAUUUUACCAACGUAUUAUGCUGGUCAGUUGUUGAUUUCUGUAUCUGUUGUUGAUAGCCAUUUAACAUCAAUAAAAACGAGUCCAUAUCAUGAAGAUAAAAAGCAGUAGUAGUUGCGUUCCUUUAUUAAAUAAAAAGCCUUUUCUUCCAUCACCUGUUUAUUUUCUCUGCUUUUUGACAUAUAUUUGUCUUCAUUACUUCUUUGUACUUUUUAGCUUGCUUAUUAUUUCACGAUGUGUUCAUAUUGUUGUUCAUAGUUGAUGAUAAAUAAAUAAACGCUUAUUUUUGC